AGCUGAUCAAAUAAGGAACUAUGCACGUGAUUCCUCCCCCGAAAAAGAAAGAUGGCGGCGGAUAUUAUGUACACAAUACACUUUUAUGUCUUAUUUGUGCUUUUAACGCUUCGAUGUUCUUCUAGUUUUAUCGGCAAUGGUGAGAACUACCGACGGAAUUUAUCCCUGGAGCUUAACCCUGGUCUAAACUCCUCGCUGACGCCGCUACCCCCUGGUGUUGGCUUGCUCCAUGUGCGGGCGCUGGGCAAGAACGACACACUGCACUACCUCCUCUGCAGCCAGGGGGCGCCAGCAUUACUACUGGUGCACACAAACUCCACUUCAUCCAAGGUGAAGGUAGACUGGCCUGCCUUCUUGGUACAAAAUACCACAGGCAGCCUGAAAUUGACUCCGGAGAGCAGUGUUCUGUACAGCAACGCACUCGUCUUUACCAGACUGUGGGAGUACGACGAUGUCAACGACACAGCCGUCCCCGAGCACCUACCCCCCUCCAGCUUCUUCCAGCCCUACGAGCUGCAGAACUUCACCUGGGAUGACCUGAACAAGACACUUGACCCCAUGGCCCACACCGCCCUGCUCUGUGGAAGAGGCGCCAGUGAGAGCUUCAGCAACGGUUCGCUCUGUCUGAAGUUCUCAGCCUUUGAUGUUGAGGGCCGGGACCAAGGCUGGCCCAGCCUCCUCCACAACGCAAACUCCUCCCAGCUGAGGGUGGUGCUGGACGGUGUGGUCCCGAGGUCCAAUCGCUCCCGCUUCUCUCUAGAGCUACAGGUUGUGGGCGGCACCCAGGCCAUGAGCAGAGUGGAUGUGCUCCAGUCAAUAGAUGAUGAAUACACACCCUCCAUAUUCAAGGUAUCUCAGUGGGUGUCCUCUCCAGUCAACUCCACCUCUCCUGUUCUUGGCUAUGCCCAAUGGAAGCCCGUGGCCUACCGCAGGCCAUCGCCUGUCUUUGAGGACGCCACUCCCUGCCGCCACUCAACCCCUGUCCCCGUAGCCCAGCUUCCCCCCUCCGGCCUAGUGCGGGCGUAUUUUGGAGGGGAGCGCCAGACCACCGGGCUCAACAUGACCUUCAGUAUCACUGGAGACCCAUUCUACAACACCACCAACUACCUCAGCUGGACUGUGUUGGUGGGGCUGGGCUCUCCUCCUGUGGACUCGUUCUCUCCCCUGGUUCUGGUCAUCAUGGCGGUGGGGCUGGGCACUCCCAUGCUGAUCAUCCUGCUUGGCGGGGUAUGUGUGUGUGUCCGCAAGAACAGGCCCCAACCACAGGUCUAUGAGCCAAUCAACUGAGGCCAAGCCAGGAUAUGUGUACUUUUAAGUCCUGCUUUAACCAGUUUCUUGCCAAUGAGCAGACACCUCUGGGCCCAUUUUAUUCCCAAAAGUUAGCUGGAUUUAGCCUAUCGGAUAGGAUUAAAUGCAUAAGAAAUAGAAUGGAUUAAUCAUUUACUUGAAUGGGGACAACUGUUCUGUUACUUAUAUUUCUAUGCAUUUAAUCCUAUCUGAUAGGUGAAAAACUGGGCCCUGGUGUCCGGCAGGUGUCACUCAUUCAUACAAAAUUAAAAUGAGGUACAUGACUGUCUAAUAUGGCCACCCAUUGUUGGCACAACGGGCCAAUAAGGCUUUGACAGAAACACAUUUUUAACCACUUGCAUAAUUUAGGAAUGGGCUGAAUCAUCUUGUGGAAGAGAAAGCCCAUGAAUGAGUUGAUUUAGUUGUGCUUGGAAAUGCCAAAGGCUCCCUCCCAUCUCAAACCUAACAUUCCAUGUGAGAACAUACAGUGCCUUGCGAAAGUAUUCGGCCCCCUUGAACUUUGCGACCUUUUGCCACAUUUCAGGCUUCAAACAUAAAGAUAUAAAACUGUAUUUUUUGUGUGAAAAAUCAA